AUGAAUGAGGAUAUAAUGCUGGUAUUGGAGGAUAUGUGUCAUACAACCCACAAGGAACAAUCUUGUUUGAACUGCAGGAAAUCGAAGCUCAAGUGUGAUAAGGGGAGGCCCUGCGAUCGGUGCGUGAAGAGAGGGACGUCGGCCACCUGCAAGGACACGGUUCCUCCUCCCACUUCUCCGGAUGUCUCGUGCGACUCUCCUGAGGACGCAACUUCAAUCGGCGACAACUGCUCGAGCAGCGAUCUGGUGGUGGUGUCACGGGACAAGAGGGCGAGGCCGAUGUCGCCAUGGGAAACGGACCUGUUUGCAAAGAGAUUCAGAGGCAGCGACAGCAGUGAUGAGGAUGACACUCAGCUCCCGCACCUUGAUUGGUUGGACUCGGAUUACUUCUCUAUGAACAGGAAAAUGUUCAGAUCUCAGAAUCCCAUCUUGAUCCACCCGCUGAAUGUGGAACGGCCUCUGCAGACUAACACGAGUAUAAACAGCAGAUUCUCCCCCUCGCUAGAAGUCAAUGCCUUCAGUCACAUGGAAGGACUCAUGUCGAUAUACAAACGGUUCUUCGCGGCUGGAUACGACUCAACACAACUCUUGCAGAUGUUUAACAAUCUGCCUUUGCACAUUCUUUCAAUAAUCAACGAGGGCGUGAUCGCCAUGCACAAAUUGUCUGUAAUAUGGAAGAAGUAUCCGCGAGAAAACGAGACUCCAGCAAGCCCGUCCUCUCAGACUCUCUCUCAUGAUUCUUCAAGCGAAAAUGGCCUCGGGUACUUCACUAUUUCCUGGGACCAACAGAGUUCUGCACGAACUUUCUUUCAAGUGAACCAUUCUGCUGGAGCGCUGCUAAACCUCCAUCCAGAAGAGAUCGUUGCGCGGUUUGGAAAUUGCGAAUUCCGGAUGCCCCUCACAGACCUUGAGUUUCUAGCGCAGAUUCUCAGUGAUGUGUUGAACUUUCAGAAUCCCAAGUUUGUCACCUAUGCAAGGCUUGCUUUGCAUACGUCAUCGUCCAACCAGUUUCAAGACGCUCUCUUCGUCCGCUGUACUCGGUACAGACUGUUUGACUCCGUCGGCAUUGAGUCGCACAAGCGAUACUUGGAAUUCAUCUCCCCGGAGGAAUUCGAGAGAGUGAGAUUAGCAGACCCGGCAAGUUGUAGGCCCUUCUUCCAUGCCAUGGGGGACGAUCGGGAUGCUGAGACGCUGCUGUCGGACUUCCACAGAGAUGCUUUGUUCACCGAGAAUUUGUCAAGUAUGCUGCACAACGAGCAGGGUCGGCUGAAGCUGAACAGGCUGGCGGAAGCUCUUCGGAAAGAGUUUUCCAAGUACAUCGUGGAACAACAGGAUAUGAAUCCCAACAGCUUCAAACGCAAGCGACGAUCCAAGAAAUACCUUGAGACGAUAAGGUGA